AUGGCAAACGAUUCACGUCGACAUGAUUUGUGCAAAUUGUUCAACAAAUUUAAGAAGGAAGAACUUCUUCGUGGACUUAUUGAACGAGGUUUCUUGACGGAUGAUUCGCUAGACACAGAGGGAACGAAAAAAUCUUUCGUGAAUCGAAUUGUGAAGAGCUGCUUCCAUGGCGAAGUGAAGACUGACCAAGUAGCCUUAAUGGAUUUAUUGUGUAAGCAAGUCUCUUUGACUUAUGUUUGCUAUUCUCUACGAUACUUCUAGUAUUUUAAAAAUAAAAUAAUGCUUAUUACAAGGUACUUUUUGUCACUUGAUAGUUGAUGAACAGAUACAGUUGCCAGACGUUUCCUGGGUUUCUUUGAGAAUUUUUAAAGAAGAAAAGUAAAAUUUAUAUCCCAUAAAUUAUAUAUCAUCCAUGUUAUCCAUAUUAUUAAAAUGUUAUUCCAUUACUUGAGACGAAACCAAAAACAUUGAUACUACAUUUCAGAUCAUCAAACACAUCCACAUUGCAAGAAAUGGACUGUUUACAAGCUUGUAGGUUUUGGUAAGUGGAGAAAUGACAAUGGGAUCAAUAUGCUUUUUUAAUAGAGACUGUAUAGUACCACUGAAUGACAAUGACAUCUUUUUAAAAAUUCAUUCAUAAAUGGUCGUACAUGUAGCCUGAAUUUCAGACAUUCCUUUGAGUCAUAUAUAUACCCUUCUCAGAGAAGUACGCGACUCAUGGUAGCUACAGAUUACUGAACAUGUACAGAUAAUUGAAUUCUACAUUUGACAAGCACCUAACAUAGACUUAAGUAGUCUCUUAUUCUGCUGUUAUUUCGGGUUCAGUGUCAGUGCAAUUCUCAGCUGGCAGAGCUACGUCUGGCAACCUGAUAAGCAGACGGCCCCUACUUAUGUAGACAAUAAUAAAUUUAUUAUCUACCCCAGAACAUAACAUACAAAUAGUUCACUGUAUCCCUGGUCAUCCUUAUCUGGUGAUGUUUCAUUGGUCAUUUCUAGAACUAACAAUUAACUUCUAUACUGUAUGUUGAGAUGAGGUUGGGGACUAUGUAUACAUACUCAACACCAUUUUAUACAGAAGGCUCCGCCCCGAGGUGCAACCCCUUACCCUUUUUUUAUACCAUUUUUUGUGUACCUCCAUUGAAAAAUGAUGCCCCUUUCACAUAGCUGAUAGCAAGGACCUUCUUAUUAUUUUAUGUAGCCUUGAGCAAAUUAAAUAAUUUAUACAACAAUAAGGUGCUUCAGCUUGAAAGAUUUUAGUUAAUGCCCUUUUAAUUAGAUAGCUAAAUUGCAAAUUUUCUUACUCUUUCGUAAACUUCAGCUCGAGAAAUCCCCACCCUUUUACAGUGCAUAUACCCAAAGCCUGAAAAACCGACUCCUUUCUGGUGGAGCCACCCCUCAUUAACCAUCACAGGAAGUAUUCCCCUUCCUGGGAUGUUGAGGAGGAAAUUAACUCAUAAAUUCACUUUCAUAAAGGAAAUAAAGGGAGAUGACGGUAAAGAAUCAAGUAUGAGAGGACACAGAAACAAUCUGAGCCCCAGAUGGCAUUCGAACCCACGACCCUCCUUGUUCUACCUUCAUCCCCUUAUAUGGAUGAUUCUUUACAUCUCUCUUUAUUUCCGUUCGGUUGUAAUACUAAUAUCAGCAGUAUAAAUUCACUUUCAGUUCCUGAAAAAGUGCUGAAUACAUCUGAUCCUCUGGCAUUUAAAUCUCAAUUGGAAUCCUGUUUAGGACUCUACCUUAAAGUGGUUAGUAAAAGUACUGAAAACAGUAUCUUUAUGGGUCUUACUUGUUUCAGCAUUUUGUCAACCCCAUGCAAGCACCAAAGCCAAGAAUCUUUUGAUUCUGUUAGGGUUGUUUUGUGUGAGAGAAAUGAAAAAAAUCUGGUGUUCUACAAUGCACUACGUACUUCAUUUAAAGAACAAAAAACCCCUGAAAAAUUUAUCGUGUUGCAGGAUUCUCUUGAAGCUUUAGUGACCAGUGAAAAUGAUUUCACAGUUGAGCUAGUUACUUAAAGAAAUGACUUUUAAGUGAGAAAAGUACAUCCAUUGCUUUGUUUCUCAACACUUUUUAACCCUUUUUCCAACAAAAUAAACACUAUGAUAAAGCAAAUAAAUGUCAUGGUAUCCUCAUGACUAAAAAUUUGUUCCCCGGUUGCCCACAUCUUUUUAUCUGAUCCAUUUGCUCUCCUUUAAAUUUUCUGGACAAAGCUGGUGUUUUCUAGGUUUUCCAUGGUCUUUUUGAGGGUAGGGUAACAUCUAAAUGGCCUGCAGAGGUAUGAUAAACAUUGUAUGUAUGUGCAUGCCUGUCCCUUUCUGUCUUUUUCAGUUUUUAUGAAUUUUCUUUCUCCACCACAACUAGCUAAUCACAAGACUGCACAAUCCUGUACAAUAAUUUUAAUCCUUUUAAUAGAUGUACUGCAAACAAUAUAAUGUUUAAUAAUUCCAUGUCUAUGUAUUUAAAUUUUGGUUCCAAGCAUGUCUUUGUUCACUUGUGGAAAAACAGUCUGUGGACCUGGCUUCACGUUUACGAGCGAGGCUCAUCCAGCAGUUUACUGGCCAGCAACACUGUGUUCCUAGUCUACUAUCCUAAUGCAGAAUAUAUCUUCAUGUCCACUAUCAAAGCUGCCCAUAAACAGUACAUCUUACAGGUAAAGGAAUAUAACAUUGACAAGCAGUUCUCUAAAUUUAUAAUAUUAUUAUAACCAAACACUUGAAGCUUUCAAUAGUUCAACAUUUUUCUUCUGUUCCCUCUCACCUACUGUAUUUUGAAUGGUCUUUCCCUGCAGUUGUUAUACAGUUGUACAUGUAGCUGACAAAAAUUUGCAUGUAUUUAAUAUUAAAAGGAAAGGGGCCCAGCCCAAAUUAAGUACAACAUGCCCAUUACAAUAAAUAUUCACUGUAGUUUCCCUGUUCCUUAGCACUUCAUUAUGUUGGGGUUCCAAAGUUCUUGCUGAAUCUGGACAUAAGUAUUACUGAUCAAACCAUGACUAUACUGCCUGUAAGUGCAUGAUAUGGCCUGGUCAAUGAAGGAGAUUCUUAGAUCAUCACAAAAUGCCAGAAUUAACAGUGCUGUCAUGAAUUCACUGACAAAAAUGUUGCUGUUAUUACAUACCAACCCAAUACCAACCCUCUCCUUUGGGGAGCAAGGGAUGGCGCAGUGGUGAGAGCGCUCACCUCCCACCAGUGUGGCCGGGUUCAAAUCCCGGCGUUGACGCAUAUGUGGGUUGAGUUUGUUGUUGGUUCUCUCCUUUGCUCCAAGAGUUUUUUCUCCGGGUACUCCGGUUUUCCCUUCUCCUCAAAAACCAACAUUUCCAAAUUUCAAUUCGACCAGGAAUCAGGUAGACGAAGAACCACUUUGUGGAUGUGCUACCCUCCAAAUCAUUAUUUAUUUAUUUAUUUAUUUUAUUUAUAUUUCUACUUUAUUUUUAAUUUACAUCAGGAUUUCUAUCACAGCAUCCUAACUGUCAGUCCACUUUUAUAACUUAUAUAAGCAAAUGAUAUCAAAAUGUUCUUUCCUUUGUAGACACUUUCAUCUUUGCUGCACUGUCAGACUCUAGAAGAAAUCAAGUUGUCAGGAAGAGAUGUGUUGUCACUAAAGGAGCUUGUUCUCAACAAAAGUAGUCAGGUAAAGGGACAUGGCAGCACACCUACCAUGAUAGUAAACUGACUUUGAAGUUCAUUAGUGUUUGUUUAUUAUAAACAGCCCAGUGUAAGAAUACUACUUUCUUAUUCAGAAAAAGUAAAACUUUGGGUUUUCCCAAAAGUAAUGUACUGCACAACAGUACUGUUCUGUGGAUAGGCAGGGGUUUCAAUAAGCACCGACGGCUGUCAAAACGGGUUGGCUACUUUGGUCAUAGAGGUUCAUUGCUUAUAGGAAUUGAUUGUGUGACUGAUAAUAAUACUGAAAGCUACAUGUACAUUUUUUCGAUGAAAAACAGCCUUUUUUGUCCUCAAAUUUAGUCCCCAGAACACUGAAGAUCUCCUUUUAGGGCUUUGAAAUUUCACAAUUUUCUGGGGCAGAACAUGUCCAGUCCCCCUCCCUCCCUGUAAAAAGGGGACCAACGGCUCCUUGUUGAUGCAGUCGGUUACAUACUCUUUUCAAACCUGCUGGCUACUUCAAUUCUUAUUGAAACCUCUGGAUAGAGGCAACUCAAAUUUCUUAAUGAUUGCUUUCUAGCAGCACUGAAUUGCCCGUUAAUAGGGCAGAGUCAUUUCUAAACAGUAGGUGUCAUCAGGGUGUAUAAGAUUCAUCAAUACAAGUAAGGAUGUAAAACAUGUAGAGGGUUCCUAAGGUGCUUAUGAGCACCCCCCCCUCCCCCCCUCAGUGGGUAAAAUCAUUGCAAGCAAUUCCCUUUUUUUCUGAUCGGAUUCUUUCAGGGUGCCUUCAGCAAGUACAGAUUAAACCAGAUUGAAGGAAACCCUCUCAGUCGAAAAAGAAAGCGAGAAAAAGGUUAUAAUAAACGUGUUCUUCAGGUCUACUGCAUUACUGUUUUUUAGUACCCUCCUGUAGAUGUUUUGAUCAUGAACACCUUUCUUAUUGUGUAUUUCUAUGGACACAUACAAACAAAAAUAAUUAAUUUCCAAGUCACGUCAUGAAAUUAUUUCCUUCAAAGACAAUUGAGUUGGUCACACAAGUCCCUUUUUGGCUCAAAGCGUUUUUAGUGGCUAUGCGCCAUCUGAGAACUCAAUGAAUCUAAGAAAACAGGCGGAAUGCAAGCAGUCUAUGUCAUGAGCCUUAGGGAUACUCCAUUAUUACAGGGACUAUAAGCUAUAACGUACUUGUGGGGUAAGGGUAAGAGUUUUAGCCUAAAAAUGUUUUUUAAAAUCCUGAUUGUAUGAUUGGUGCAGCAAAGCAAAUGUUUAAAGUAAACAAAUGAAAAACAGCUUUAAACUACAGGGUCUGGAAGGAAAAUAUAUACCUCUUGAGAUCACAAUUUUGGUCCAAAGCAGUACACCCUGAGCCGAAUUCUCCAGGAAUACGUCCCAGUGGGAUUGAAGUUUGGGUGCUAAAACCACACUGAGCUAUUAAAUUUUAGAAAUAAUGGAAAGCUAGACCAUCUCUAUUAGGCUCAUCUGUUCAACACAAAUAUAACUUACACCAAAAUUCUUAGCCCUAUACUCCCCAGAUUGCUCCAUGUCAAAAUUCAGUCAAAAUCCAAAAAUAAUUCUCCAGGAAUACAUCCCACUGGGAUUGAAGUUUGGGUGCUAAAACCACACUGAGCUAUUAAAUUUUAGAAAUAAUGGAAAGCUAGACCAUCUCUAUUAGGCUCAUCUGUUCAACACAAAUAUAACUUACACCAAAAUUCUAAGCCCUAUACUCCCCAGAUUGCUCCAUGUCAAAAUUCAGUCAAAAUCCAAAAAAUAAUUUAUUUUGUGUUUGAGGGGCUAUACACUGCACUUUAAAUUGGCAUUCUAGGAGUUGGAGCCACAUGACAUUGAUAGUUUCUCAAAACAAACUCUUGAUUACAAACUCAUGAAGACAGUGUUGAGAAAUAAUUUGGAAUUCAUUCGCAUUAAAAAAUGCAUUUCUUAGUUUCUCUAUCCACAUGGGAAUUCUUGCAGGAAGUUGUUACACAGUUUUUUUCUCCCUUCAUUUUAAAGCAGAAGUAACAAUGGAAGUUCAAAGUCAGGAAAUCAAGAGUGAAAACAAAGAGGAAGAACAGCAAAGACAACAACUCACAGAUAAUGCAUUUGGUCCUAAUCCACAGCCUGUUCUUGAAAAAGUGGAAUUUAAGGUUUGCUCUUCCUACUACCAGUAAAAUAGCCUGCAUAGCAGGCGCCAGUUAUUUUUUUAAAUUAAAAAGGCUGUGCAAGGGGAGCAUGCCCUAAAAAACAAAACGGCACCUGCUAAGCAGGCUACCAGUAAAACUAUAUAUGGCUAAACAGUCCUUGUAGAGGUGUGAUCAAGGUUGGGUGAAACCUCUUCAACAAUAGGAGUUAUUUCACUUUUAAUGUUCCACAUACUUUAUCAACAACCACCGAUAGGAUAUGAAAAUAAUGUUGAAUUUCUUUAUCACCAGUCCAGGGGUCAACAAUACUCAAUUGGACAAGAGCAGUCAUAACUCACAGAAUGAGAAAAGUUUAGUUGCAAAGGUUGAUCUGAUCCAAUCUGACCCAUGUUUUGUCUACAGCCCAGCAGUCUCUGAAAAAGAGUAUUUACACCACUGGAUUUUAUUUGCAGGUGCAGGAGUGGGUGUGACUCAGAAGGUUUUAGGAUUGGGGUAUAGUAGGGUUUGAAUCCUAGGACCUUCAUUUUUAGUCAUACCUGCAUGCACUUAAAAACAGACAAGAGGCAUAGAACUUAUUUCAGCGACCUGCUGCUACAUGAUAUAAUUUACUGUACACUAAACUUAACUCAAAACCUUCAAUACCCACCACCUAAAAAAAAAUGGCAACAUUUCUUUGAUUUUGUUCCAUCUUGUUCACUAAAGUAAAGUGAAAACAUUAACAUGGCUUCAAAGGACUUCUUGCGACUCAGGAGUCCAUGUUACAAGUUGAUAAUAUACUUUUUAGAAUUAUUUUACUUGACCUGUGAAAUAGGUACUAGAAUACUACCUACUAUUAUGCUCUAAUUCUAUUGUCUUCUUUUGUUUACCCAGGGUGCAAAGAAAGUCAUUUUUACAGCUUACCAUUCGGGAAAGCUGCAGCUAACAUUUACUAGCCCAAACAUCAUUUCAACUAUGCCCCAAAAACACUUUGAUGAGCAGAUUGAUUUCACAGUUCUUCUGUAAUUUGAAUUCCUCAGAAAACUUCACUUGCCUGUCUGGCAAGUUAAUAAUGGUAAUUGAACUGAGUGGAGUGCAGUUUGGUCUGAAAUCAUACGCGUGUUUUCAAAAUCGAACGAGCGCGCAGCGCGAGUUUGAUUUGAAAUCACAAGUAUGAUGUCAGACCAAAAUUGCACGACACGAAGUUCAAUUACCACUUUAUUACAUCCAUUUUGAAAUCGCAGAAUUUAGUCAGUACUAAUACUUUAUUCACCGAGUAGCUGGUUUGUUAAAAAGCCGAAACAAAAAGGCUUUUACAUCUCAUUUUGUAUUCGAAACAGAAAUGAUGCGAUAUAUAGAACAAAAAUGGUGCGAUUUAAAACAGAAAUGAUGCGAUUUAGAACAUGAAUGACGCGAUUUGGAACAGAUGCGAUUUAGAGCAAAAAAUGGUGCGAUUUAGGAAUAAAUCACACUGCUGAGAGCCAAUCAGAUUGCACGGAUAGCCAGUGAUUUCAAAGUGGAUGUAAUAAAUAGCAGAAUCCACUAACCCGACAGAAAAAUCUACUAGCGCCGGGCUAUCGGACACUACUUUCUUUGCACGCUGGUUUACCUCUCGCUAUUUUGCACAAUUUGUUAGUAUUUGUUUCACAGUUCAAGUAAAAUCACUCUACCCACUUGUAUCUACUGAAUACAUGUAUUAAUUUACUGAAAACUUUGUGUUUUAAGAUGCAAACAAAGUUACGCAGUGGUGACCAACACUUGCCCUGGCAACUCAACAGACCCAUAUCCUGCAAUGUUAGAUUUGAAGGACCAAGUGUCAUAGAAGGAAUAAAAAGUCUUGGAGCACAAAGCUUUGUUGAUGUACCCUUGCCAUCCUACCUGGCCAAUCUCCAUUCCCAGUCCAAGAACUCCUUCUUCCUGACAGAGAUGAAAACCACCAGCCCUGCAACUGGAAGUACUCAACAACAAUAA